AUGGCCGACCCCGCAGCCCGAACCAACAGCCUUGGCUCCAAGGACUCCGGCAGCCCCGGUGACCCGACCCCACCGCCCAGCCUGGCGCAGUGCCCGCUCCUCACUAAUGAGUAUGUCAACUCGAACGUGGCCGGCCUCCUCCUCGGGCUGUACAAGCACGUGAAACUGCGCUUGGCCGCCGGCCACUCGGCCUCGGAGCGCAUCAAGGAGCUCUAUGACAGGGCGGUUGUCCUCGUCGAAGACUACUGGCCCGAGAUCGUGCGCGGGCUCGGGUUGCCGUACACCGACGACGACGUCCUUGUUACUGCUAUGCGCUUCGUCGCUAGCGAUCGGCCUCGACCGUCGUCAGGCUCACGCAUGCCCUCGCUUCUCGUGGCAUACUUGACCCCCGAGGAGGCAGCCGCAUCGGAAGCCCCGCAGUGGGCGCAGCGUGGCCUCACAUACGAGCGCCCCCUGCUGCUAGCCCUCUUCUACCUCAUCGGCGGGGCAAAGACUCGUGCCUUCGGAGCAGUGGACUCGCCCGAUCUCCUAGUGGUCAACAGACCAAACCCCGACCCCGAGCGUGCCGUUGCGCGCGCUCGCAUCCUGUCAGUCUUGAAUGCCCAACUCGAUUCUCUCCGAGGCAGGAUCCUCUUCCUGUGUACUCUACCCGAGACAGCAAGCUCCGCAGCGGCGUUUCGCCGUGAGAUCGAUCAGUUUGUGCGCGACCGCCGGGCUGCCGCCGCCGAGGAGGCGCCGCCGCCUCCGGCAGCUUGA